CCCCCACCUAACGAACCAUAUAGCCGAACACAAGGAUGACCAAUGAGCGGCCAUCUAGGCCGACCACCACCGCUCUGCAACCGACGUCAGCACACGUCUUUGCUACCCCUCAUUGUGUUGUUCUCCGUAACACAGCGGUUGGCCCGGGAGCGCCUUGAUUGGUAACCCGUAGGUGCGGCUACCAUGUACGGAAGACUGUGGAGUGAUCUUUGCGGAGAGAAACCCGGAUAUUGCUCGGUUACUUGACCAUCGCUCUUACUGUCAUUCUAUAGGCACAGAUCGAGACAAGUAAUCAACACAUCCCUUCUUCAACCCAAAUCCCCCAACCAGAAUCAACGCACACACAAUGGGCAGACUUGACGGCAAAGUAGCGAUUGUGACCGGCGCUGGCUCGGGUUUCGGCGCGGGCAUUGCGCUCCGCUACGCCGCUGAAGGUGCAAAGGUGCUCGUGUGCGACAUCAACGAAUCGACUGCGCAGGCAACAGCAUCCAAGGACAGCGCCAACCUCGCAGCAUUCAAGAUGGAUGUGACCAAGCGCGCUGACUGGGAGGCUACGAUGCGGACCGUCAAGGAAAAGUUCGGGCGCUGCGAUAUUCUAAUCAAUAAUGCGGGAUGGAGCUAUGUCAACAAGCCGACGGUAGACGUCACUGAAGAGGAGUUCGAGAGGGUGUUUGAUGUCAAUGUCAAGGGUGUGUACUUGGGGUGCCAGGCGUGGGUCGGUCAGGCAGUGGAGAGGAAGGAGGGGGGCGUGAUCAUCAACAUUGCUAGUGUGGGUGCAACGAGGCCGAGGCCUGGGUUGGUGUGGUACAAUGCGUCAAAGGGCGCGGUUUGGAACGCAACAAAAGGCCUUGCGGCUGAGUAUGGACCGCACCAGAUUCGAGUCAACUCCAUCUGCCCGCUUGUUACGGCAACAGGAUUGUUCUCAGCGUUCACGGGCAUGGAGGAUACCCCCGACAACAGGAAGAAAUUCAUUGGCAACGUACCGAUGGGCAGAAUCGGAGAGAUCGAGGACGUUGUGAAUGCAUGCGUCUUCAUGGCGAGUGACGAGGCGAGGUUCAUCACAGGAACGAAUUUGGAAGUCGACGGUGGCCGAUGCAUAUAGAGAAAUUUCAAAAUUGCGGAGCGACUGUAAGAACCUCUUGCAAUCCAAUCAAGACUCUUAU